AUGGCUCCCAAAUCAACCCCCGCGGCCUCCAGCAGCCGUCGCGCUCCUGCCGGCGCCAAACGUGGCUCUACCUCAGCAGACCCCUCCUUCUCGAAGCAACGCCACGAAACCACAGACACGAUCGAGCUCGCCUCCGACCAAGACAACGAAGACCUCGAAAUGUUCGAUCACAGCCGCAUAAACAAUGACGUGACCAUACUUGGGUCCGACGAAGACGAGGAAGAGGAAGAACCAGAAGUGGACACGAAUCGAUUCCGACGACGACAAAUGCAGCAGCGCACCAACAACAACCGAGACCGAAACGACUCCGACGACGACUCAGAUCGGUACCAAUUACAACAGCAACAAGAUUCAGACGCUGAAGAGCAACAAGACGAAGACGAAGCAGAAGAGGAACGCCCCACCGUCCCCUCGGAAUUACUAACGAGGUUACUGUACGAGUUCUUCGAGAGCGAUAAGACCAAGAUAACGAAGGACGCGAAUGAGGCCGUGGCGAGAUAUGUGGAUAUCUUUGUUAGGGAGGCGAUUGCUAGGAGCGUGAUGGAACGGGAGGGAGGGAAUGGGACGACGACGGGAGGAGGGGGGUUUUUGGAAGUGGAGGAUUUGGAGAAGAUUGCGCCGCAGUUGUUGUUGGAUCUUUGA